AUGGGCAAUCAACAAUCUGGACUAGGUGGUCCGCCGCCCGGGGGAGAUGGAAAGGAUGACAAGGACAAGAAGAAGGACAAGCCAAAGUACGAGCCACCACCACAACCAACCACCCGUAUUGGGCGAAGAAAGCGCAAGGCAGCCGGGCCUAACGCCGCUGCAAAGCUCCCAACCAUAUAUCCGACGUCAAGAUGUAAGCUACGAUAUCUUCGCAUGCAGCGAGUGCAUGAUCACUUGCUCCUGGAAGAGGAAUAUGUGGAGAAUCAGGAACGACUCCGAAAAGCGAAAGCUGCCAACACUGCAGCCCCUUCAACAGCCCCAGAAUCAGAGGCGCUCGACCGAAAUGCUGACGAAAGAGGUCGCGUUGAUGAUAUGAGAGGGAGUCCGAUGGGUGUGGGCAAUCUGGAGGAAAUGAUCGAUGAUGACCACGCCAUCGUCUCUUCCGCCACUGGGCCCGAAUACUACGUUUCCAUCAUGUCUUUUGUAGACAAAGACCUCCUCGAACCUGGCGCGUCCAUCUUACUUCAUCACAAAUCCGUCUCGGUUGUGGGCGUCCUGACCGAUGACGCCGACCCAUUGGUUUCUGUCAUGAAGCUUGACAAAGCACCCACGGAGUCCUAUGCUGACAUAGGCGGUCUCGAAAACCAAGUUCAGGAAGUCCGUGAAGCUGUCGAAUUGCCUCUGCUCCACCCGGAACUGUAUGAAGAGAUGGGCAUCAAACCUCCUAAGGGUGUGAUCCUCUACGGUGCGCCCGGAACAGGGAAGACGCUCCUUGCCAAAGCUGUAGCCAACCAAACAUCUGCCACCUUCCUCCGUAUCGUCGGCUCCGAGCUCAUCCAGAAAUACCUUGGAGACGGACCCCGCCUGGUCCGUCAAAUCUUCCAAGUUGCCGCCGAGCACGCACCAAGCAUCAUCUUCAUCGACGAGAUCGACGCCAUCGGCACCAAACGCUACGAGAGCACCUCCGGCGGCGAACGAGAAAUCCAACGCACCAUGCUCGAACUGCUCAACCAACUCGACGGUUUCGACGACCGAGGCGACGUCAAAGUGAUCAUGGCCACCAACAAAAUCGAGACCCUCGACCCGGCCCUCAUCCGACCGGGCCGUAUCGAUCGCAAGAUCCUCUUCGAGAACCCGGACCAGAACACCAAGAAGAAGAUCUUCAAUCUGCACACCAGCAAGAUGAGCCUGGCUGAUGAUGUUGAGCUGGAGGAGUUUAUCAACCAGAAGGACGACCUGAGUGGUGCGGACAUCAAAGCCAUCUGUAGUGAGGCGGGCUUGCUGGCGCUGCGGGAGCGGAGGAUGAGGGUUCAGAUGCAGGAUUUCAGGGCCGCCAGGGAGAGGGUCAUGAAGACCAAGACGGAGGGUGAGCCCGAGGGCUUGUAUUUGUAG